GAUUUCAAAGUGAUUUGGGCAAAAGUAAAUGUUAUAAUCUUGGGUCCUGACUCUGUGGUGUAGACGUUGCUGCUUUGUUUUUGGGCCUGGUGUUGGACUUUUGUUGAUUAUGGUCAUUUGCACAAUGAUUUGAGAUCAGGUUUGAUCUAAGGUUUGCAGACCCUCUGUUGCAGGGCUGUCCUAGUUAUUGAAGAUGAUUUGUUUGACUCUGAUUGUAUAUUUGUGCUUACAGAUGCAGAAUUAAUUGGGAUGAUCUGUCUCUCUGAUGCUGUUAAUGAUGCAUAUACAUUUAUUUUAAGGAGAAACCUGCAGAGUCUGGUAGCAGUGCCUGAAACCAGCAGAGCAGCUGUAAAUUGAUGCGAUGGUCCAGAUCUAAUUCAGUAUAUGUGAUUUAGCAGCGUAGACUGCUGUCAGAACCAUGAAGCUGCUUUAUGUUUUUCUGUAUUUUCUUUGAUAUAAUUCUCAGUAAAUCUGGCAUGGGUGGAUGUAAAUCCCUGCUGUAAUCCUGGGGCGCCCUGUUGGUGCCGGGGUGGUUUCAGCCAGGUUUCACAGCACCAUCCUAACCCUCAUCACAGUCCAUUUAGCUUACUUUCUGUCCAUCUGGCUCUGGUUUUCCUUUGUCUCUCAAUCUCUCUAUUUAGACAGAUUACUCCAUUUAUCUCCUUUGGGACGUGAUGCUCUUCUUUGUCAGUUUGUUUCUUCUUUUUUUUUGCUUUGGCAGACUCAGUUUCUUUUUAAAGACGAGAUAAUGAUCAUCCUGUAUGGAUAAUAAAUUAGCAUUCCUAAUUAAAAAACCCAAAACUGUCACUCAGUGUCAUAGUUUACUAAACUAUGAUGAAUAUUAUAAUUUUACUAUUCCCAUAUUAUUGUGUAUUUAGUGCCAGUGUGUGUUUUGAGCUACAGUGCACUUAUUGCCAAAUAUAGUAGUCUGAUUACUCAGAUCUGUUUAUUCAGGCCCAGAAAAAUCACCAACUGUUGUAUUAAGACUGGCCGAAUCUGAAAAAUAUUUUUAAUUCAUACAUCUGGACGCGGCGCCGUCAGAGAAAAACGUUUCUCUCUGACGGCGCCGCGUCCAGAUGAACAGAAUCAACUUUUGGGGAUUUACUUACCUGGAUGAUUGAACAUGCAUCAAGACGUGAUUCAUACAAUAUUCCCACAAAUGUUUAACAGUGAAGAACUGACAGUCUGGUGUCAACGUUGGUCAAACUGUAUGAAGUAAACUAGAACAUGAUCUUAAAUCGGAUUAUUUUCAUUGUCACGUUUCGCUGCAAAAAGAUGAGGUUGGCUCUUACACUCGAUUAAACAUGUUAACAAAAACAAACUGCGGUGGUGUAGGAGACUCGAUAUCAUAAUCCCAUUACCAAGCUAUAACAUGCUACUCCUACAAUCCCACUUCCUAAGUUGGGAAGUCAGUGUCCUGACUGGUGCGUUGAGGUUUUGCAGAAAUGUGACCCCGAAACAUGUGAAUGUGGCAGUCAUGGCCUGGGGACCCGUCUGCAGCCAUCUGGCAAACAACUGUUCCUGGGAGAAACACGCAUUCGCCACAAGCUGGGAAUUAACUAAACGUUUUUGAGCUUUUGAUGUUUUCUUUUUACUCGCGAGGACGUUCACAUGAGCUUGUAGCUCAUCAUUUUCUUUAAAGCAUUUCGUAUGUCUUCUGUGUUUAGGCUCCACUUUCAUGCAGAAGUGAAAUGAUCACAGCUUGAAUUCAGCAUGCGUUAAUUACAAAAGACAUGAAGAUGCAGUAGAAAAACUAGAAACGUCUGCGUAACGGCUCUCGCUGUGAGCCAUAUAGACAUCUACAGGCCUUAUGAAACGUACCAUCUGUGAGUUCAAACAUCUCAGGCACCACGGAAGCUCUUUGCCAACCUUUCCUGCUUCAUGGAUGGAUUUGUAAACAUGACCAACAUAAGGCAGCCUAUAAGAUUUUCACUGCCCACCAGUCGGCAUUUUCCCGCAGGUAUACUGAGGGUAAACACACCUACACAGGAGCUUGAUUAAUGCAUAACCAGAGCUGUGUACAGAUGCAGCCUACAGCCAUGUGAAAGGGCUCUUUAUCGCGUUAUAUGAAGGUGUUUUCUCGCUCUGUCUGUCACAACACACCAAAUCACUGCUGCCAAGAAAACAGCAGCCUCUUUCUACCCUGCCUGUGGGGGGCAUUUGAGCAGACGUUAGAGACAUCAUGUACUGGAUAUUUGGUAGUUGGAAUCAUUAAAGAACCAUUUGAUAUGAAAAAUGUCCAUUUCUGUGGACGGAUGCAGACUUUGGUCUGAACUGUAAAAGCAGCAACAGAGACCUGUGGGCUCAUUCAUAAGACUGAAUCAUGACUUUAUUGUGAUUUACUGGGUGAUAAUAAAGGGUGAAGGUGGCAUUUGAUGUGAACUGUAGGUCCGUUAGUAUCCAUGAUCAUUCUGUGGAGAAUUGACUAACUUUGUAGUAAAAGGUAGAAGUUCUGAUGUAAACAAACGCCUGCAUUUAUCUUUGCAUGGUCACCUUUGCUGUGUGCCACAACCUUCGCUCACAUUUGUGACUUUUGGACCUACAUCGUGUUCCUGUUGUGUUGAUGUCGUUGGUGGAUGUAACAGACCAAUCCCACUGGUGACCUGUAUAACCAGUCAGGCUUUUAAUCCAGUUAAAUGUGUAAAUGUAAAUGUGGCUAUUGUGAGGCAGGCGUUUCUAAUGUUGUGGCUCACUGGUGCAUAUCUCGGAGCAGGUGUCUGUGCACUCUCGCCGUUUUUGUCGACACUUCAAGAUCUUUUACAAGAUGUAGAUAAAUAUGAGGAGCACAGCAGCUUUUCGCUGAUAGUCACACAUGUGGAAGUGGCUGUUCUGCUCUCACUUCAGAGAAUUCCCAGAAAACACCACCGCACAUUCUUGUCACCACACCAGAUCCAGGCAUUCUCAGAUUAUCCUUAUUAGUGUGAACUCGUAAUCAACAGAUGUCAGAGCAACAGGUCUCUUUCCUCCCACCCUUUCCCUGCCUCGCCCCCGGCGCCCGAGGGAACGGCCUCUCCUGUCUCUUGUGUGUCUCCUUUAUCGCGGAGCAGCAGGAGGUCUGAAGGCUUCAAUAGGAACCUGCUGAGAAGGAGAGCGGCUGAGAGCAAAGUGACUCACACAGGAGCACCACGAGCAAGAAAGCAGUGACUCAGUCCCUCUGACGUUUACCACUCGCACCGCCCCAAAGAGAAAGUCCGCCUGGACAGCAACAAUAAUGAGAACUCGGUCCCCAAAGACUUUGACACCAUCGACAGCAACAGCAACCUGGGGGCCCGAUCACAUAGCCAGCGAGUGCCGGUCGGAAAUGCCAAACGUAAGCUAGAAAAGAGCCAAGCGCAAAGCAUGCUGGGAAAAUCUGCCAACGAGGUCCUCAAGUACCCUCCCAUCCAACCGAGAGUGCCGGGCCACAAUCGCAACCACACCCACAUCCGUAAAGCCCACCCCAAGCUGCCAACGGUUGCAGCGCCGGCUCAGGGGUCCAAUCCGGAUUCGCCGUUCUACCAGACCAAGAAGCCGGCCUCUCCUCCGCUGCCGCCUGGUCUGGAGGUGAGGAAGGAGCAGCUGCAGUGUGAGAUCAGCGGUAAAGAAGCCAUUUCAGCUCUUUCCAGAGCCAAGAGCCGGGAGUGCCGGCAGCAGAUAGUAGAGGUGUACUGCAAACACAAGGAGGGGACGCUGAUGCCCGAGAAAGUUCCUCGCUACUGCCCCGCAGAAGGUAAAGCUAAUGUGAACGUACAGUGGGACGAGGACGCCUCCGAUGCUUCUCCGCCUGUACGGAUCGCCUUCGUCCUGGUCGUCCACGGCCGAGCCUCGCGUCAGUUCCAGCGUCUCUUCAAAGCCAUCUACCACACCUCACACUACUACUACAUCCACGUGGACCAGAGGUCCAACUACCUCCACAGAGAGGUGGUGUCUCUGGCCAGCCGGUAUCCAAACGUGCGGGUGACUCCCUGGAGGAUGGCCACCAUCUGGGGCGGGGCCAGCCUGUUGACCAUGUACCUACGCAGCAUGGAGGACCUCCUCAGCAUGGCCGACUGGUCCUGGGACUUCUUCAUCAAUCUCAGCGCUGCAGACUACCCCAUCAGGACCAACGAGCAGCUGGUGGCUUUCCUGUCCAAAUACCGCAGCAUGAACUUCAUCAAAUCUCACGGCAGAGACAACGCACGUUUCAUCCGUAAACAGGGCCUGGACCGUCUCUUCUACGAGUGCGACACCCACAUGUGGCGUCUUGGAGAUCGAAAGAUCCCAGAGGGCAUUUCUGUGGAUGGAGGCUCUGAUUGGUUCCUGCUCAACAGGCGCUUUGUGGAUUAUGUGGUCAACUCCAGGGACGAGCUGGUCGGCAGCAUGAAGCGUUUCUACGCCUACACGCUGCUGCCCGCCGAGUCCUUUUUCCACACCGUGCUGGAGAACAGCGCCCACUGCGAGACCAUGGUGGACAACAACCUGAGGCUCACCAACUGGAACCGCAAACUGGGAUGUAAGUGCCAGUACAAGCACAUCGUGGACUGGUGCGGCUGCUCGCCCAACGACUUCAAGCCCUCAGAUCUGCCGCGCUUCCAGCAAGCGUCCAGACCCACCUUCUUCGCCCGGAAGUUUGAGGCCAGCGUCAGUCAGGAGAUCAUCAGCCAGCUGGACGCCUACCUGUUCGGAGCUCUCGCCUCGGGAACACCGGGUCUGCAGGCCUACUGGGAGAACAUCUACGAGGCAGAGACAGACGGACCCGCGGGCCUGUCGGACUCUGCACUCACCCACUACCACGCCUUUGCUCGUAUGGGACUGUCCCGCGCUGCCAGCUCGCUCCAGGGACAUCCCAGCGACAACAGCUGCAGGUACGUCGGCGUGAGUCACCCGGUGUCUGUGCACCUUUACUUCCUGUCCGACCAGUACCAGGGCUACCUGGUCCAUCAUGUGGCUACCAACCAAGCCUCUAACCAGUUGGAAACCCUGGAGACCUGGGUAGCCGCCAAAGACCACUUCACCCUGACCAGCUCUCCACAUGCCGCUAACAGGCUCCAACACAUCCAGGUGGGGACCGACUGGGAUCCUAAGGAGCGUCUCUUCAGGAACUGGGGGCGUCUCCUGGGGCCAGAGGCCGAGCCGGUGGCCGUGCAGCGCUGGAGCCGGAGCCAGAGCAACCUGACUGCUACGAUUGUCUGGAUCGACCCCACCAACGUCAUCGCCGCCACCUACGACAUCCUGGUGGACGCCUCCGCUGAGGUCACACACUACCGGCCGCCUCUCACCUCCCCGCUGAGGCCUGGUAUGUGGACACUGAGGGUGCUGCACCACUGGAGCCCGCUGGGCCAGACCAGCUUCAUCGUGGCUCCUCUGGAGUUUCACAGGCAAAGGCCGAUACAGCAAGAGGACGCUCUGCGGCUGCACGGCGGACCAGCCAAGAACUCCUACAUGGAGCAGAGCUUCCACGGCCUCAACCCGGUCCUGCAGCUGCCGGUGAGCCUGGGCGCUGUCGAGGAGGCCGAGGCCAACGCCAGUCUGACGGGGGCGCCGUUGCGUCGCUGGCUGGACGGGCUGCUGGAGGGCUACUGGUCCGCCUCAGACGUCUGCUCGAUGGGCCCCAGCGCCUGUCCGGUCAUGCAGCGCUGCCGUCUCACCGCGUGGAGCUCCGCCAGCCCCGAUCCAAAAUCCGAACUGAGCCUGCCCAGAGAGGACGGGCGGAUAAGGUAGCAGGCGGACGGACUGAGGGAGGAUGAGACGAGGGAAAAUGAAGGAAAACACGGGGCUGACGUCCCGUUUGUGUCCAGUAUUUAUUUAUUUAAAGUCUGUGGGCGUGAACAGAGAGGACAGAUGGAGCAUCAGAGGGAACAGUGGGAAGAGACACUGAGGAAAAUCUUCUCCUUCAGUCCUCAUUCGGUCUGCUCUCACUUUUAUUUAGGACUACAAAGCUGUGCGUGCUCGAGUGAGUGAGUGAAAGUGUGUUAAGAGUGUUCGCAGAACUUUAUACCUCUUGUUGUACGAGUGUCUCCCUGAGUUUAGGGUCACAUGCUGAAAACAGACGUGGUUGCUCGUUCUUUAGGCCCAUUAUUUAAAAUCUCCAACGUAAACCUGAAUCAAGCCUCAGAAUGAGAUUUUUUUUUAUGCUACUAGUUUAAAACCCAAAAUCAGCCUCUUAAAAAACAAAAUCUGAUUUAAACCGUGUCACAGGUUUUUUUCCUUUUGGCUCUGACGUCAGCGAGAAAGGAUGUGCACAAAGCCUGUGAGAUAAACAGAUUAUUUUGAACACUGAAUCAUGCAAAGCUACUCUGAUGGAGUCCAAGAAUAAAAAUAGAGCUGGAAGGGAGCAGAACAGCCCACUUUAAAGCACGGUAUGUGAUUUCUGAAAGCUUGUUUUUAAUGUCCUGUUGAGCUGGAAACAUUUCUGUUUUUUCUUAUUUAAAAAGGAAAAUCGGUUUAAGUAAAAUCUAGAAAUAUUUAACUAAUAACUGCUGACAUUUAACUGUAAAAAUGUUCUUUUUUUACAUCAAUGCCGUGUCUGUAUGAAUCAUCCACAGAAGCAGCUGUAGAUGCAAAUCCCACCGCAGCGACCGUAUCGAUGAUUUUGCCUUUAACCAGCUUUCCAGAGAUAAUGAGCCUGAAAUCAGUUCUCAGCAACCACAGAUCUUCUCACAGAGCCAGUUGGGUAUCAGGGGAAAUUAUGAUUAAUCUUUUAAAGUGAUCAUUUGUGGACAGAAUAUAUUUAAUGAGUUUUCUUAAGUUGUUCGGACUCUGUGUGUUUUCUUUCUGUGCCAUGUCUGAAUCCCUCAGACUUGAAGUGAGACGUCCGCGUCCUCUUUCCUUUAAUCUGCACACGUUACAAAGCGACAAACUUUCUGCUGUACAAACGGCUACUCGAUUAAUUUAUUCAAAACUUUUUCUUUUGUUUGUUUUUUACAUAAAUGGGACCAAAGCUGGAGCCCAGCAGCUCUGAAGGAGUUCUAAGAGUCUGAGCGUGUGGAGCACGAAUGUGUCGGUUCUACGCAGGUCUGUGAGGGUUACAUUUAUUUACGGUUACAUUAAGCGGCCAUAAUGAGUUGAAUUUAAAACCUCUGCAGUUUAAUACCAAAUUCAACUCAUUUAUUUUUUUCUAUUCAAACUCAAACCGAUUCAGAGCCAUUUUUACAUCCAGUGUGUAUUUUUCAUAUAUCGAGCUAGUCUACGUAAACCUGACAGAUGAUGUACAGUUUUUAAGUUAAUGAGUAUUAAGAUGCAGAUGUUUGGACUGUGACGGUGUCGCAGAAGUGGUGGCGUUGUGUGAAAACGUUCCUGAGAUGUUCUGACUCUGGAGGACGGUCCCAGCCGAGGGCGUCCCGCUGCGCUUCGCCGCGGCGCCGUCCACGUGUCCGACCAGCCCGUUCCUCAGUCUCCUCUUUGUCGUCGUCUCUCGCUGGGAGCUGUGCUGCUGUGCCUUAGCUGUUCUCCUGUCUUUAGGAAACCCUCCUGAAAGCAUCUGUAAUGUCUAAAAACUGAAAAAUUAAAGACAAAGAUUUGUUGUGAAUGCCUUAUAAACGAUCUUGGUGGUUUUAAAGUACAAUUUCUAAAAAAUAAAAACAAUCUCCCUUUA